AUGUCAGCAAAGGAUACGUGGGAAGCCCUCCGAGCCCUCUGGAUAGACACAUAUCUCGGACCCCCUGAUACUAUCAAGCACGACGCAGGGACCAAUUUUGCCUCCCUAGAGUUCCGUAACGAGGUUGAAAGAUAUCAUGCCCCUCUCCGCCCCAUCAACGACACAACAGGGCCAAAUGGCAUUGUCCCUACGCUCCUAGUCUUUGGCGCCUACCCUCGAAUGGCCCCAGAAAGCGAUGAAAAUGCUUCUGCAAUUGAUGGCUCCAAUGUCACAAUUGAUACUAUCAACGGACCCCAGACCUUCCGUUCCACCCUUGUGCAGCCUUAUUUCCGCGACGAGACGACGAUCCCUGCCCCGCUGCUGCUGCUGCGGAUGAUUCUGACAUUCCUGUUUCUGAUCCUGCGAGCGAUUCUGUUCCUGUUUCUGCCCCUGCCCCUGCCCCUGUUCCUGCUCCUAAUCCCCGGCGCCGCGCAAGCGAGGCCCCCUGGUUCGAAGAAGAAGACAAAGACGACGUUCCUAGUCAAGAAGGAAGAAGAUGCCUACCAACUAGCCAUCAAGCUACGGGACGAAGGCAUUAUCACAACGCCAGGCACCCUUUGA